CGGGCCAUGAUCUGCACCAGCCAGUCUCCAGCCUGGCACGUCUCUAUGCCGGCCAGCACGAUUUCCGCUUCCCUGCCCAAUUUAGUGGCCCCUGCUCGGGUCUCGUCACUUGCAACCGUGGUGAGGAUCAUCAACUCCCACAUCUCGUAAUCGAACCCCCCAUCCCCGAGAAGACCGAGGUUGGUAGCGAUGCAUCCGUUGAAACACUCGUCGUUCGCUUCCGUCAAGCAUAUCUCUUGGAAUCGGGCAAGCAGAGCUAGCAGCUCCGUUGAUGCUGCGUUGUCGAUGGGAGCUUCCUCAUUCUCUCGCCAGGAGACAUCUCCCGCUCUGUGAUGAUGAGCUGGGGCGUGGUUAUGCUUUGGAUUUCUUAGCAUUCUCCAUUGCACUGUGUCGUGUUGAAAUGCAGGGAUCGCUCCCACUCACCAGUGUAGCCGCGACGAGCGGGAUUGACAUGAGGAAAUAUACAAGACCCUUCAUCUUGGCUUGCGUGGUCUUAAGCGCGGUGGAACUUGUUAAGAUGCAGGAUUCGAGGUAUGUUACUGCGAAUUAUUCGCGCAUGGGGUUAAAUCGAGCAGUCUCCUUGCAAAACUUCAGGAGGCGCCUGUGGAUGUUCGAGCGAUCAUGCUCGUUUAUGUGCGAAUGGUUUCCCUGCCAGGCUAUUGCGCUGCAAUGCGACUACCGGUGUAUAAUAUUGCUUUCUCGCUGGAUAUCAUGCAAGGACGCCGUAUAGUUCAGAAUGGAUGGAGUAAGGAUCGUCAGGACGCUGUCUCUUGACAGCGGGCCGGCUGCUCAUGGAAAAUGAUCAUCAAUGCUAUUGUUGAUCGGUGGGUGGAAAGCUUGUUUGGGCCAUGCGUGGUGUG